CUAUCAUCAGCAACAACCCUGAACUUCGCCUAGCCCAAGCUUCUGGUUGCCAUUCGCAACUUUCUAACUUCCCAACUUCAUCACCAAUCAAUCCGUCCACCCCCAAACAAUACUCAACCACCUUAACAAAUUUAUCCUCACACUCUCUUGUUCAUUCGCUUCUUUUUAUUCCCAUAAAUACUACUGAGCUCCUUGAUAACAGGAGCCUCUUAACAAAAUGCCUUCUGCCACCGGAUCAAGUUGGGAGAAGUACAGGAAGAACUUCGCCGACGAUGAAAUAGAAGAGAAGAAGAUCACACCUCUAUCAGACGAAGAUAUCCAAGUUCUGAAGACCUACGGCGCGGCACCCUACGGUACGGCGAUCAAGAACCUAGAGAAGCAGAUCAAGGAGAAGCAACAGGCUGUGGAUGAAAAGAUCGGUGUUAAGGAAUCUGAUACGGGACUCGCCGCACCUCAUCUGUGGGAUGUCGCCGCCGACCGUCAACGCAUGUCCGAGGAGCAGCCGCUUCAGGUAGCGCGGUGCACCAAGAUCAUUGCCGACCCGAAGGACGAGACGAAGAGCAAAUACGUCAUCAACGUCAAGCAAAUCGCGAAGUUUGUCGUUCAGCUAGGCGAGCGUGUAUCGCCUACCGACAUAGAGGAAGGUAUGCGGGUAGGCGUCGACCGAAAUAAAUACCAGAUUCUCUUACCUCUGCCACCCAAGAUCGACGCUAGUGUUACUAUGAUGACGGUGGAAGAGAAGCCGGACGUUACCUAUGGCGAUGUCGGUGGCUGCAAGGAACAGGUUGAGAAGUUAAGAGAAGUCGUCGAGAUGCCGCUGCUGUCGCCCGAGCGGUUUGUCAAUCUCGGUAUUGAUCCUCCGAAGGGUGCUCUGCUAUAUGGUCCCCCCGGUACCGGAAAGACUCUCUGCGCCCGAGCUGUCGCAAACAGAACGGAUGCCACAUUUAUCCGAGUUAUCGGUAGCGAACUAGUACAGAAGUACGUCGGCGAAGGAGCUAGAAUGGUGCGAGAGCUCUUCGAGAUGGCACGAACCAAGAAGGCUUGUAUCAUCUUCUUCGACGAAAUCGAUGCAGUUGGCGGUGCUCGAUUCGACGACGGAGCCGGCGGAGACAACGAGGUCCAGCGAACUAUGUUAGAACUCAUCACCCAACUAGACGGUUUCGACGCCCGUGGAAACAUCAAGGUCAUGUUCGCGACGAACAGACCCUCUACGUUGGACCCUGCGCUCAUGAGACCUGGUCGUAUCGAUCGCAAGAUUGAGUUCUCCUUGCCGGAUCUCGAGGGACGCGCAAACAUCUUACGGAUCCACGCCAAGAGUAUGUCGGUGGAGCGUGAUAUCCGAUGGGAGCUGAUCUCCCGUCUCUGCCCCAACGCUACCGGUGCCGAGCUACGCAGUGUCUGUACAGAGGCAGGCAUGUUCGCCAUCCGAGCGAGAAGGAAGGUCGCCUCGGAGAAGGACUUCCUGAGCGCCGUGGACAAGGUUAUCAAGGGUAACCUGAAAUUCAACUCGACCGCCACGUACAUGCAAUACAAUUAGAAAGCGAAACUACUUGGGCCGUGAGGCCUGAAAUGUACGAGUAGAUAGAUAAUGGGACAAAUGGCUGCACUGGAUUUCUGUAUUCCGAGGUAGCUAUCAAUAAGCAUGGCUAAUGAAGCGCUAUAGCGCCGUUCUCGCUUUGUAAUAUGCAUUGUAGAGACAUAAAGUCUGCAAUAGGGGCAUGCGAUUCCUGCUGAGCAAAGCUCUUCAAACAGUAUCUACACAAUGAUCUUCCUGACAAUACGUUCCGUGUGCCCAUCCACUAUUAUUACAAGCUGCAUCAUAAGCCCUGGCAG